AUGUCGAAACGCGUGACGAUUUUCGAUCCGCCCGAGCAGGAUCAUUCCAAGGCUCUUAUCGAGAACGUACUCGAUCUGACGCCAGUGGUGGACCUCGGCCCAGAUGUCUUUACCAAUACCCGCCCGCUAUGGCAUCCACCCGGAGCUCGAGGCAUCUACGGCGGUGCCGCGAUCGCACAGUCCCUAUCAGCAGCCAUGCGGACGGUCCCGGCCGACUACGCCGUCCACAGCAUGCACUGCUACUUCGUACUCGCGGGCGAUUCCGAAAUCCCAAUUCUAUACCACGUCGAGCGCGUACGCGACGGGAGGAGCUUCGUGACCCGAACCGUGCAGGCGCGACAACGGGGGCGACCGAUCUUCACCACCACGCUGAGCUUCAGCCGGGUCGGCAGUGGAGGUGAGAAGACGCUUCACCACGCCGUAUCGAAACCAGACGUCCCAUUGCCGGAAGAGGCCGAGCCGGGCAGUUUGAAAGCGCUCAGCAAUGCGGGCGGCGGUCCAUUUGAAUCAAGGAAGGCGGGCAUUUUGAACCGCACAUCCCCCGACCCGGAAGAUAAGAAGGUCCGACGAUACAUUCGCGCCCGCGGCGCAAUCUCCGAAGAAGGUGGUUACCAGGCACACCUGUCGGCUCUUGCCUAUAUUACCGACAGCUAUUUCAUCGGGACCGUUUCCAUUGUCCAUGAUAUCCCGCGCUUUUCCUCCCCGGCUGAACUUGAGAAACUUCUCAACGCGCUUAAGAAUCCGUCUGAUCUUGACGAUGAGGAUAUCACGCGGGCUCUGAGGGAGUUGAAGGAAGAGGAGGCUGCAGAAUUGCGGCGCCGUCUGGAAGGGGCGUUGAAUAGAGCCACGGGCCCAAAGGAGGUAGACCAUAAAGAGGUUGGCAUGAUGGUCAGCCUGGACCACUCAAUUUACUUCCACAAUCCCCGGGCGUUCCGGGCCGAUGAGUGGAUGUUGUCGGAGAUUGAGAGCCCGUGGGCUGGCGAAGGACGAGGCUUGGCUAUUCAGAAGAUUUGGUCCAAGGAUGGGGUGCUUAUUGCUACUUGCACGCAAGAGGGUGUUGUUCGGUUAAAGCAAGACAAGCCGCCACUGUCGAAGAUUUAA